AUGUUGUGUUUUACAUUCAGAAAACAGAGGGAUCGAUUUAUAGUCACUACCAAGCCAUGUUACAUGCAAGAUAAAAGUUAUAGUGGAGUGGACAAUGUUGGUCAGUAUGAUCCAAAUACCAUUGGACUGAGUAGAAAACACUUGAUAAGAAGUGUGGAUGAAAGUUUAAGAAGAUUAAAGACUGAUUAUAUUGAUCUGUAUCAGAUCCAUGUGUGGGAUGAAGGUACCCCAAUUGAGGAAACUAUACGUACGCUAGAUGACCUUAUCAAAGCUGGUAAAAUACGAUACGUUGGUGCUGGCAAUGUGUUAGGUUGGCAAAUGCAGAAAAUCAUGAUGUUAUGUAAGAGUAUGGGUGUCAAUCCAUGGAUCAGUCUGGCAUCUCAAUAUAGUUUACUCUGUCGGUGGCCUGAAUGGGAACUACUGGAUGUCUGUCGAAAUGAAGGUGUCGGUGUCAUGGCGUGGAGCCCACUUAAAGGUGGAUGGUUAACCGGGAAAAUAAAACGAGAUAGCAGCUCGCCACCUGAAGGUAGCAGAAUAGCGUUCUCAGAAGCUAAUCCACAAAUAAAACAACAGAGUCAUCCUAAUUACUCAAAAUAUUCAAGUGAUGGAAAAGUUUUUGAUUUAUUAGACACAAUGGAAAGGAUCGGCCAGAAACACGACAAAACCAUUUCCCAGGUUGCACUGCGAUGGCUUCUCCAAAAGGACACAGUUUCUGCGGCCAUAAUUGGAGCAAAGACUCUACAACAACUAGAUGAAAAUAUGGUUGCUUCAGCAGGAUGGGAGUUAAGUGAGAAACAGAUGAGUGAACUUGACGACGCCAGUGCUGUUGAAGUACCAUAUCCGUACGAAUUGGUAGCAAGGGCGAAUAAAUCAAGACGACGAUUCAAUAACUUCAUCUGAUUGGAUUACAAUUUACUUCAUAACUGCGUUAUGCUGCAUAGUUGUUCAUCAUUAAGAAGGACAAGAGAUCAAAACAGUUUUGAUGAUUGAUAUACCGUUCUUUCACCUAUUUAUGUUACAAUAAAGAAGGACGAAUGAUAUAAA